UUUCGGGGUAACGUGCUUCGUUUUGGCGAGUUUAUACGUUGUUUUAAGUAUUUAGUCCUUCUAUAAAUGCAGGGAGUUAAAUAAAAGCAGGAAAUCUUUUGAGGAAGUGGAGUGACAGCCCCGCUGUAAAUCAAGAUGGCAGGUCUGUCUUUAUAUUUUGAAGAUGGCCACGAUGAUUUGGAUGACUUUGGAUUCGAUGACUAUGGUUCAGAGUGUGAAGGGAUUCGGAUAACAGCGUUCCUGGAUGCAGGCCAGGAUAACCUAACGCCUCUGGGACGGCUGGAGAAAUAUGCUUUCAGUGAAAAUGUCUUCAACAGGCAAAUUGUGGCACGUGGAUUGCCAGAUGUGCUUCGGGAAUUCAGUGAAAAUGAAAAUGACUUCAUCAGCGUCAUGGAGACAGUUGCCAGGAUGUCUGAGGAUGGAGAACCAACAGUGCGAGCAGAGCUGAUGGAACAGGUACCAAAUAUUGCCAUGUUCCUCCAUGAAAAUCGACCCAAUUACCCAGAAGCCUUCUCUAGGUACCUGGUACCCAUUGUGGUCCGAUAUCUCACAGAUCCUAAUAACCAGGUGCGAAAGACGAGCCAGGCUGCUCUGCUUGUGCUGCUUGAACAGGGUCUGAUGAGUAAGGCAGAUAUGGAAGGGAAGGUCUGCCCUGUGCUUCUGGACCUCACAGAACCCAGCAGUGAUGACGACUACAAGAUCGAAGCUGUUGCGAUCAUGUGCAAGUUGGUGACAAUGUUGACUAAAGACACAGUGGAGCACCUUCUUUUGUUGCGAUUCUGUGAACUCUGCAGUGACGUCAGACUAUUCCAAGUCCGCAAGGUCUGUGCAGCAAAUUUUGGUGAGUUCAGUUCUAUUGUUGGCCAGGAAGCCACAGAGAAACUACUGAUGGCUAAAUUUUUCGACCUGUGCUCGGACAGUCUGUGGGGUAUUCGGAAAGCCUGUGCAGAGUGCUUCAUGGUUGUUUCAAAUUGCACUUCUGCGGAGGUGCGACGCACUAAACUGUCCCCCUUGUUCAUCAACCUUAUUAGUGAUCAGUCACGCUGGGUACGCCAGGCUGCGUUCCAGUCUCUAGGCCGUUUCAUCUCCACAUUCGCCAACCCUUCGCUCACAGGACUGCACUUCUGUGAGGAUGGAACCCUUUGCGAGAUACCCAAGAUCUCCUCUGUGAGCCAUGGGCAGGAAGUGAUCACCAGAUUCUCAAGUAACUCCUGCAAUGCCUCAAGAUAUAGUUUCCCAAACAGUCUCACUCAGCCAACCUCAGACCAGCUACAAACCACCUCAGACACAGCAGUUCCACCAUCACAACCUCAUGAGAGCCACCAGCAUCCCACACAACCACAGGAAGAGAGGACUACCCACGGCCAAUCUGAUUGCUCAUCUUCUUCCUCCAAGCAGCAGACGGAUGACUGCACAAUGUACAACUCCUUCAGCUACUGGAGAUCCCCACUGCCUGACAUCACCCAGGACCUCCAAGUACUGCAAGGAGGAGAAAGAAACGAAGAGGAAAGAGACCAAAAAGAGACAAGGGAGGGAGAAGAUAGGGAGAAAGAAAAAGUGCCAUGUUUAGAUUCGCAAGGUCCAGCCACUAGCUCCCAGAUCCAGAAAGUUUUGGACUGUCUUCAGCCCCACCUAGAUGAUCCUGAUGUACAAGCUCAAGUGAAGGUGUUGUCUGCUGCCCUGAAAGCUGCCCAGUUAGAGAGUCAGACAGAUGAUGCUGAUGAAUCUGUUUCGGAAAGCGACAGUUCUGCAGGCUCCCCAAUGUCUGAGCUCAGUGCCAUGAGUGAACUCUCACUGACAGAUGCACAGAUCUCAGACUCACCCUCUACAUCACCUGUGCUGGUGGAUGACUCUGAACCCAGCAGUGAGGAGUCAGAACUCAUAGAAAAUGUGAAGGAAGACAGAGACUCUGACACAACCAAAACUUCUGAAGAGGAAAAGUCUAAAGUUCAGAAUGUGAUUCCCCAGCAGUUGUUGGAUCAGUAUUUGUCUAUGACAGACCCUGCUCAAGCUCAGACUGUAGACACUGAGAUCGCCAAGCACUGUGCUUUUAGUUUGCCGGGAGUUGCCCUAACGCUGGGUAGGCAAAACUGGCACUGCCUCAAAGACACGUACGAGACCCUCGCUACAGACGUACAGUGGAAGGUGCGUCGGACAUUGGCGUUCUCUAUCCAUGAGUUGGCAGUGAUUCUGGGGGAUCAGCUAACAGCAGCUGAUCUGGUGCCCAUAUUUAACGGCUUCCUCAAAGAUCUAGAUGAGGUGCGGAUAGGAGUUCUCAAACACCUGUAUGACUUCUUGAAGCUUCUUCAUGCUGAGAAGCGUCGGGAGUAUCUGUACCAGCUACAGGAGUUCAUGGUGACCGACAACAGCCGAAACUGGAGAUUCCGAUAUGAGCUUGCUGAACAGCUCAUCAUGAUCAUCGAGUUAUACAGCCAUAACGACAUCUAUGACUACCUCAGACAGAUAGCACUUAACCUCUGCUCUGACAAAGUGUCUGAAGUCCGGUGGAUCUCCUAUAAAUUGGUGGUGGAGAUUUUGCAGAAGCUGUAUUCCUGUAAAGCUCAUGACCUAGGACUCAAUUUCAUUAAUGAGCUCAUUAUGAGAUUCUGCCACUGUCCCAAAUGGGUUGGACGGCAGGCAUUUGCCUUCAUUUGCCAGGCGGUAUUGGAGGAGGACUGUAUGCCCAUGGAACAGUUUGCACAGCAUCUUCUGCCAAGUCUGCUCAGCCUCUCAUCUGACCCUGUGCCCAACGUACGUGUGCUUGUGGCAAAGGCGUUACGGCAGAGCGUGUUGGAAAAACCAUACUUUAAGGACCCAGGCAGCGCAUACUCUGAUGAAAUCGAAGAGGCUCUGUCUGAACUGAGGAUGGACAAAGACAGGGACGUGCGGUUCUUCGCUAUGCUGGAUCCCAACAGGAACGUCAUGGACACGGCAGCGCUCAUUUAGCACCUUGUACUGUCUGCACAAAACAACAAGCAUCAGCAGGAACUACACUACACCACUUCACACAGACACACACAUUAACACAUAGGAACAACUGACCUACACACACAUUUAUCCUAAAUACUCUGCCCAUACUUUAGUGUAUGCAUAUAAUGUAUUUUCUCAUUUAGACACCCAGUGGGCCUCAUUUAUGAAACUUUGUACCUAUAUAGAACUUUGUGCAGUUGAAGUCAGAAGUUUACAUACACCUUAGCCAAAUACAUUUAAACUCAGUUUUUCACAAUUCCUGAUAUUUAAUUGUAGAAAACAUUCCCUGUCUUAGGUCAGUUAGGAUCAAUACUUUAUUUUAAGAAUGAGAAAUGUCAUAAUAAUAGUAGAGAUUAUUAUUUAUUUCAGCUUUUAUUCCUUUCAUCACAUUCCCAGUGGGUCAGAAGUUUACAUACUAUUUGGUAGCAUUGACUUUAAAUUGUUUAACUUGGGUCAAAUGUUUUGGAUAGCCUUCCACAAGCUUCUCACAAUAAGUUGCUGGAAUUUUGGCCCAUUCCUCCAGACAGAACUGGUGUAACUGAGUCAGGUUUGUAGGCCUCCUUGCUCGCACACGCUUUUUCAGAUUUGCCCACACAUUUUCAAUCAGAUUGAGGUCAGGGCUUUGUGAUGGCCACUCCAAUACCUUGACUUUGUUGUCCUUAAGGUAUUUUGCCACAACUUUGGAGGUAUGCUCGGGGUCAUUGUCCAUUUGGAAAACCCAUUUGCGACCGAGCUUUAACUUCAUGGCUGAUGUCUUGAAAUGUUGCUUCAAUAUAUCCACAUAAUUUUCCUUCCUCAUGAUGCCAUCUAUUUUGUGAAGUGCACCAGUCCCUCCUGCAGCAGAGCACCCCCAAAAUAUGAUGCAGCCACCCCCAUGCUUCACGGUUGGGAUGGUGACCUUCAGCUUGCAAGCCUCACCCUUUUUCCUCCAAACAUAACAAUGGUCAUUAUGGACAAAAAGUAAGAUCUUUGUCCCCAUGUGCACUUGCAAACUGUAGUCUGGAUUUUUUAUGGCAGUUUUGGAGCAGUGGCUUCUUCCUUGCUGAGCAGCCUUACAGGUUAUAUCGAUAUAGGACUCGUUUUACUGUGGAUAUAGAUACUUGUCUACCUGUUUGCUCCAGCAUCUUCACAAGGUCCUUUGCUGUUGUUCUGGGAUUGAUUUGCACUUUUUGCACCAAACUAUUUUCAUCUCUUGGAGACAGAAUGCGUCUCCUUGCUGAGUGGUAUGCUGGCUGCGUGGUCCCAUGGUGUUUAUACUUGCAUACUGUUGUUUGCACAGAUGAGCGUGGUACCUUCAGGUGUUUGGAAAUUACUCCCAAGGAUAAAGCAGACUUUUUUCUUUUUUUUUUUUUUUUUUUUUUUGUGGUGAUUUCUUUUGAUUUUCCCAUGAUGUCAAGCAAAGAGGCACGGAGUUUGAAGGUAGGCCAUAAAAUACAUCCACAGGUACACCUCCAAUUCAGUACACCUCCUAUCAGAAGCUAACUGUCUAAAGGCUUGACAUAAUUUUCUGGAAUUUUCCAAGCUGCUUAAAGGCACAGUUAACUUAGUGUAUCUAAACUUCUGACCCACUGGAAUUGUGAUAUAGUCAAUUAAAAUUGAAACAAUCUGUCUGUAAACAAUUGUUGGAAAAAUUACGUGUCAUGCACAAAGUAGAUGUCCUAAACGACUUUCCGAAACUAUAGCUUGCUAAUAUUAAAUCUGUGGGGUGGUUAAAAAUGAGUUUUAAUGACUUAAACCAAAGUGUAUGUAAACUUCUGACUUCAACUGUAUGUAUACAUUUACACAAAUAGGGUCCUUAAAAAUUUUCAGUGUAUAUGCAAAUGCAAGAUGUGCCCCAAUCCAUUGGUUAAUACUAAUAAGAUUGCACUAAUAAGGUUACACACUGGUCUUCAUUAGAACCUCAUAGCCUUGCAAAAUAAUUCUCCAACUGAAAACUGCAUACAUGAAGUAUGGAGCAAUACUUGCCAUACUUAGUAAAUAUAAUUCACAUGCUCUUCACUGCUCUAUAUAUUGUCAGAUUGACAUCAUUGACUUUGUCAACAUAAUGCUGCCAAUCAGAUAAAACUGAAUGUAAAACUUUAGCACAUAUUUGUUCAUGUUUCAUAAAUCAGGCCCAUCCGAUUUCAUUUAGCCCCUUUUACACACAUACAUACAUACACAUGCCUGCAAACCCAGAAAAACCAUCUCACCUCUCUGAACUGUGCAAGAUCUCAUUUGGACCUUUUGAGGCAACAAAAAGUAUUUGGAGAUGCCAGACACGCACCAAGAAGCAUCUUAACUGUGGAUCACAUCACUUCUUGUCAAACAUUUUGGAUGCUACAAGCUGCCUCUCCAAAGCUAACUGUACAUUUGUGAGACUUUUUUAUUUUUACUUCCUUGUGGAUUUCUUACAAAAAAAAAAAAAAAAGUGUAAGAUGACAUGAGCAGACUUACGGUGAAGUGCUACUAACUCAGGAAGACCUGAUAUUCUGACUUAUUUUAAGCUGCAAAUACCGCAAAAUGUGAGCCCAAGUGAUGCUGCAGAAACAUUUGCAGCAUUUUCAAACGGACCCUCAGGAUUCACGCAAAUCGCUGCGGGAAACAGAGUUUUCAACAGCAAACAAAUGUCUUCUCGAAAUACUGCAGCUCAGAAGCUGAAAACCUCCUGUUUUUGCUCAAUCCUUUUGUAGCUCUCAUGUUGGAUGGCAGAAGAAUUUGCUAUUGUCUUUCAGUACUGACAUUUUAAAUGUUAUUUCUGCGUGUCUCUAGUAUGAAUCAGUCUUAUGUCACCUCCUCAACUUCCCUGAUUGGUGGAGAGUUGUUUUAUACCUUGCCGUUUUAUAUACAGUAUAUAAAAGUGGCCAGUGUUUUAGAGGGGUAUCGAGGGUAAACCCAUGCUUUCCAAGCAACCUUUACUGUCACUAGACAAAAUUUAGAUACUGGACAAGCAAAAUUGUCAAACUCGUCCAGUUCCAGGUUAGAAACCAUAGAUAAGGCAUUAAUGGUGGUUAUAAAUAUUUUGGGAGGGAUGCAUUAAAGGGAUAGUUCACCCAAAAAUUGUAUGAAAUAUCCCUUUAAUUGUGAGCUAAGAGGGCUUGACCUGCAGAGGGCGCUACCUUGUUGUCUGUGGAAAACACUGACGCAAGCACACUGUUUAGUCUGAUUUGCACUAGUUAAAGAAUAGUUCACCCAAAAAUGUUAAUUCUCAUUUACUCACCCUCAUGCCAUCCCAUAUGUGUAACACUUCCUUUCUUCUGCUGAACACAAAUUAAGAUUUUUAGAAAAAUCUCUCUCUCUGUAGGUCCAUACAAUGCAAGUGAACGGUAGCAAGAACUUUGAAGCUCCAAAAAGCACAUAAAAACAGCAUAAAAGUAAUGCAUAAGACUCCAGUGUUUAAAUCCAUAUCUUCAGAAGCGAUAUGAUAGGUAUUGGUUAGAAACAGUUUAAUAUUUUAGUCCUUUUGUACUAUAAAUCUCCACUUUCACAUUCUUCUUUUGUUUUUGGAGAUUCACAUUCCACCUACUGGGCAGGGAGGAGAAUUUAUAGUAAAAUUCGACUUUAGCAUUGAUCUGUUUCUUACCCACACCUAUCAUAUCGCUUUUGAAAAUAUGGAUUUAAACACUGGAGUCUUAUGCAUUACGCUUAUGCUGUUUUUUAGUUCUGGCCAUCAAACCAACUUCAAGUGUGUGAAUUCACUUGCAUUGUUUGGACCUACAGAGGUGAGAUAUUCUUCUAAAAAUGAUUGUUUGUGUUCAUCAGAUGAAAGAAAGAUACACAUCUGGGAUGACAUGAGGGUGAGUAAAUGAUGAGAGAAUUUUUUCAUUUUUUAUUUAUUUUUUUCAUUUCAACUAUCCCUUUAAUCAAAGCACACAAUGAAUCCUCUCUCUCUCUCUCUCUCUCUCUGAUUCCCAUAGAUUUUUACUCAAUAUCAAAUUUGUUAACUGAAGCUAUUUCACACACUUGAAGUCGGUUUGAUGGAUCAUCCAUUUUUAUAAAGCAUGGUUGUGCUGCCCUUGGCAUUGGUAAACUUGCCUCUAGCUGCUGGUUGGUAAUCAGUAUGCCUGUUUUUAUGAAUUAGAUUUGAGUGGUGGGGACUAGUCCCACAUAAGGGCAAACUUAAUGCCAAGAGCACUUUACUGUUCAAUUGAGAGAAUACUGGAAACUCUCACGAUUUUUUUAUAAAUCGGUCGGAGUGAAUAAAUCAUGGCAAAUUUGCAGUUGAGAUUUGAUUAGGCAACUAUCUUGACCAAACUCGAGUGUUGCUCUCAUCCAGCACAUUUAUUCGCACAGAUAUGUUUAUGAAUUCUGUACAUGGAAUUGUUUAAAAAGAUGUUUAGGGUGGUUCUGGAUGACUGCCUAUGAUCAAAGCUUGUGGGUGCUGGCGCUAAUUUGAUGUUGACUUUAUCUACAGGAUUCAAGGCCAGUCUUUUUCUUUACUGUGGCGAUAACUGGUUUGGAAAUGUAUUAUGGGGAAAGUCACUUUCCUAUUGUUUUCCUUGUGUUCCCAUGUUUGUGUUUGUCUGCGUGUCUGCAUGCAUCUGUGUGCUUUUUUUUUUAUUAUGGACCAUGUUUAUAGUAGGUUAUAUUUUGUUAGUUUGAGUUGUAAGCAAAUAUAUUUUCCCCAAUAAAUUGUCCUUUGUGAUUUACUGAGGCAGUGACAUCACAGAUACGUCAACAAAACCACUUCAUCUGUCUGCAUAUGUACUGAUCCACUAGUUUUCUUGUUACAAUACUAAGACUAAUACGAAGAUGUUACAAUAUUACGAUACUUUUUUUUUUUUUUCUCAAUGUAUAAUGUUCAAAGAUUUUAUAUCCCAACCUUUCAGGCUACAUACAACCUUUGUAAUGUUCUGUGUAUCUCUUUUAAAUACAUUUUAUGUAUUGUUAUUUUUAGUGUCAGUUGAUUAAAAUAAUAUAUAUUGAA